CCUCUGCUGGAAGCGGACGCCAAGGUGCUGGCGCUGUGAGCCGGCGGCUCGGUACGUGCUGUCCCCGUGUCCCUUAGGACGUAUAUAAAAGAGCGUGAGAUGGCAGCUCGCUGAGGACACGCUGAAGAUGCUCUUUGUCACUCCGCUCCUGCUGGUGACGGCUGUCGGGGUAGCUGCGGCUGACCUUUACGGAACUGAAGCGUCCGUCCGUCCGGAGACGGCUGUCAGCGCUGCCCCGCCGGCGACCCUCUCAGCGUCCCCUGCAGCCUCUCCUUACCCUCCCGAAGAGUACGCCGAGGCUGGCAUUGCUUUAGCCAGAUCCGCCGAUGCGCACGACCCCGUCGAGACCACUGACAGCGGCGAUGCGUCUCAUCACGGCGGUGGCUAUAAGAUUGUACAGUGGGAAUGGAGCUAUGUCCAGACACCUUAUAUUAUUGCAAUUUGGAUCCUGGUGGCAAGUGUUGCAAAAAUACUGUUCCACUUCUCCCAGCGUGUCACCACUGUCGUUCCGGAAAGCUGCUUGCUCAUCCUUCUGGGCCUGGUUCUGGGCGGGGUCGUGCUCAUUGCGAGCAAGAAGCAACUGUACCAGCUGGAGCCUGGCCUGUUCUUCCUCUUCCUGUUGCCCACCAUCGUUGGGGAUGCUGGCUACUUCAUGCCCAGCCGGCUCUUCUUCGACAACUUGGGCACCAUCCUGGUGUACGCUGUGGUGGGCACCCUCUGGAACGCUUUUUGCACGGGGUUCUCCCUCUAUGGCAUGAAGCUGGCUGGUAUUAUCGAUGAAAAAGUGGAGGGUGGCAUGAUGGAGUUCCUGCUGUUUGGUGCACUCAUCUCGGCGGUGGACCCUGUGGCGGUCCUGGCCGUGUUCGAAGAGGUCCACGUCAACGAGACGCUCUUUAUUAUCGUUUUCGGGGAGUCUCUGCUCAACGAUGCCGUCACUGUGGUGCUGUACAAGGUUUUCAUCUCCUUUGUGGAGGUAGGACCUGGGAAUGUGCAGACAGCUGAUUAUUUUAAAGGAGUGGCCUCCUUCCUUAUCGUCAAUGUCGGGGGCACCCUGGUGGGCCUCAUCUUUGCCGUGUUGCUGGCCUUCGUCACACGCUUCACCAAGCGGGUGCGCAUCAUCGAGCCGCUCUUCAUCUUCCUGCUGGUGUACCUGGCCUACCUGACGGCCGAGCUCUUCUCCCUUUCCGCCAUACUGUCGAUGACUUUUUGCGGCAUAGGGUGUAACAAAUAUGUGGAGGCCAACAUUUCCCAGAAGUCUCGGACCACCGUGAAGUACACGAUGAAGACCCUGGCAAGCAUCGCAGAGACCAUCAUCUUCAUCUUCCUGGGCAUCUCCGCAGUGGACAAGUCAAAGUGGGCCUGGGAUACAGGCCUGGUAUCCUGCACGCUCAUCUUCAUCUUUGUCUUCAGAGCCUUAGGUGUCAUUGGGCAAACCUGGGUGCUGAACUGGUUUCGGCUGGUCCCACUGGAUAAGCUCGACCAAGUGGUGAUGUCGUACGGUGGCCUGAGGGGCGCUGUUGCAUUUGCAUUGGUGGUGCUGCUGGACGGCCAUAAGGUGAAGGCCAAGGAUUACUUUGUGGCCACGACGAUUGUGGUGAUCUUUUUCACGGUGAUGUUCCAGGGUCUGACCAUCAAGCCGCUGGUCAAGUGGUUGAAAGUUCCCCGCAGCACCAACAGCAAGCCCACCAUCAACGAGGAGAUCCACGAGAGGGCCUUUGACCACAUCCUGGCUGCGGUGGAGGACAUUGCUGGACUCAAUGGCUAUCACCACUGGAGAGACAAGUGGGAACAGUUUGACAAGAACUACCUAAGUAAGCUGCUGAUGCGGAAGUCUGUGUAUCACAAGGGCGAGCUCUGGGAGGUGUAUCAGAAGAUCAACAUUCGGGACGCCAUCAGCGUCAUUGAUCAGGGUGGUAAUGUGCUGUCAUCUGCCAGACUAUCUCUGCCUUCCAUGGCCAGCAGAACGUCCUUCUCUGAGGUCACCAACGUCACCAAUUACCUGCGGGAAAACGGCAGCGGGGUAUGCCUGGACCUGCAGGUGAUCGACACGGUGUCGGGUGGGAAGGUGGAAGAGGAGACGGAGACGCACCACCUCCUAACCGGAAACCUGUACAAGCCUCGGAGGAGGUACCAUGCCCACUACAGCCGGCACUUUAUGACCGUGGGGGAUAAGGAACGCCAGGACCGGGAGGUGUUCCAGAGGAACAUGCGCAGCCGCCUCGAGUCCUUCAAAUCCACACGGCACAAGGCCAAGGGGCGGCACAAGAAAGAGCGCAGCCAGAAGAAGAGAAAAGGUUCGGAUGCAAAAGAGCAAGAGGUCAACGGAAAACCCAGGAGAAACGUCAGCUGGCAGGACACAGAUCCUGUGACAGCCCCCGUUGACUCACCAGAGGAGAGGAGUGAGGAAGAAGCUGACAAGGACGAGGACGUGGGCAUCACCUUUGUGGCACGCAAGCACGAGACUCUUAAGGAGCCCCUCAAAGAACGGCCAAAGUCAGAUAUGUUGGAAGUAUAUCAGAGCCUAGCAGUCAUUCCCCCGUCUCCAACCUGCGCAGAGAAGCACCUGCCCUGGAAAGGGGGAGGUGGUACCCUCCCAGUGUGUGUCUCGAUGGAGACCACCAAGAUCAUUCCCAUUGACCUUCAGCAAGCCUGGAACCAGAGCAUCUCCUCCCUGGAAAGCCUAGCCUCGCCUCCAGUGCAGGCUGAACCGCAGCACCCACGUGUCCGGGCCCUUAGCAGGGCAGAGGCGGCCCGCGGGGGUAACAGUGGGGGCAGUGACAGUGGUGGGAGUGGCCCAGCCCAGGACCCUCGAUUCCAUUUCCCAAAUGAGGAGGAGAAUGGCCAAAGCCUCCAACAACAGGAAAGCCAGCCACUCAUGUCCUCCAUGAAACCACCUGCACCCCCCCAAGUUUCCUCUACCCAGGGCAUGGGGAGGAGACCACCAACCUUCAACAGGAACCCCUGUGUGUACCUGAGAAGCCUAGUAUCAGCAUCCCCCCCAGGCAGCGAGCCACGCAGCAGAGGGCCCACGCAGCUCUAGUCUGCCCUGCUGACCUCUUAUUCAUGACAUUCAUACCAACACCAGACUGACUGCAUGGAGAAGGUCUCUCUCAUCCAUCGCUGGAUGUCUGGACAAAGCCGGAUCUAGGCACAGACAAAACUAGGCAGUGACCUAAGGCUGUCGGCAAAAUCUGCCCGCGAAACCAUUUACACUAUGUCACCUUUGUAAAUUACAAAAGACCCAAGUCUGACCCUAAACACAGAUCUCUCCAGGUCCUGUUGACCUAACUGAAGAGCAGAUUUCCAAAACUCACUCAAUCCAUGGGAUUCGUUUUCGAGAACAUUUCUGUGGGCUUUUGAGUUUUAGAUAUUUUAUGAAAGUUCUUCGUUAGAUCACAUGAGCGCUGAAUGCGUUUUGGUUCCCAGUACAGUACCUCGUGAUGAGGAAGCCGGAUUUUAGGUCAUUGGCAGUCUCAGCAACAAACAACAAAAAUGGACUGAGUUUUAGAAAUUUACUAUUCAGUUGGGUAUGUGGAUUUUAUCAUCUGUCAUAUUCAAACCUAUUCAUAUCUGACAUGUUAGUUAUUGUUGACAUACCACAGCAUAGGGCAGGUUUACAGUCACCUGACAUGGGAACUUAAUGCGGGGAACCAUAUACACAUUUAUAGAAUGUGUAC